UUUAGUGACAGCAGGAACGUUUAUAAUAUACAUCCCUGGUGGCAGCAAAUAAAAAGCUAACAAAAUGGCUGACCGAGUAACAAAUGAAACUGAAAGUUUUAUAAAAAGUAUAGAGACAGCUAUACCAAAGUCAACACUUUACUGGUUUUUCAUCUCACUGGCUGCUGCGAUAAUAUGGACGAUUUAUCUAGCAUAUUACAACUCGAGGGUUAUCGGACUUAUAGCUACAUUAAUUCUCAACAAGUUCAGCAAAUUUGGCCGCAUAAACAUUGGAUCAAUAUCAUUGUCAGUAUUGUCAGGGAAGUUGAUGUUUCGAGGAAUACAUUAUAUCACAGAAGAUUUCUCCAUCAGGAUUGAGUAUGGCUGGAUCAUCUUUAAGUGGUGGAGACCGUACGUUUAUAAAGAGCUAGGAGAAGAUAUGUCACACGCAGAAACACGGCUGUUUUCGUUUAUCGAAAACUUUGAAGUGCAUGUAAACAACCGUUCAGCAACAUACCUACGUCUAGAAAAGUUAUUCGGGCUUUCAACGGAAAUAAAUAAUGAUGAAGAAGAAGAGGAGGAUGAAGAAGACAAUAAAAACGUAGAAACCCCCGAGGAUAAACAAGAAUCAACGGACAAUGGGAAGAAAAACAGAGUUACUAUUAGUAAGAAUAAUUACCACUGGCGAGAUUUGAUUCCUGUUUGUAAAGUUGAUAUAACUACAUGUCGCUUUGUUUUUGGAAACAACUUGAUCCCUAACACCUUGAUAGUUCACCUAGACGAUAGUCAUGUGACAUAUACAACAACGUCACCUUCGACGCCCUUUGACCUUUUCAUGCACGACCUCAAGAUCAAAUCUGACAGCAUAAGAAUCAUGUUUGUACCUAGUGAUAAAUACCAGAUGAACUCACAGUUUUUCUCUGGCAAGGUUGAGGACGAACCACCUAGAAUGAUGGGCGAAGGUUUUGUGCUGAUGCAGUCAACAGAAGUCAAGCUUCACUACUACAUGGAUGAACCAGGUUUAGUUCCGUACGAGCCAGAAAGGGUGGAGUUGGCCGACGGAGAAACUCAGGUCUGUAGAACUUAUCCAACAAUUGCCCUAGAUAUAGAGUGUGGCAAAAAUACAGACUUCAACUAUGGACCUUGGGCAGACAGGCAAAGAGAAUAUUUAUGGAAGUUUUUCUAUCCCUCUGACCACCAGGCGAUGGAACCAACCAAAAUCGCAGAACCGGGAGAAAGACGACAGUUUAAGACUUUUGAAUUUAGAAUGAAUAUUGUAGCCGAAGCAACCAAUGAUGUUCUUUUCACAAAAAAUUCUGAAACACAAGCGGUGCAUAUGAACAUGGGUCAGGGGUCAUACAUUGAGGCAACAAUACCGUGGGUCACAGAAGAGACUGGGUACACCUCUGUUGUUAGAGGGCAGCUUCUCUUACUGGAAGCAACAACCAGUAUGAAAUAUAGAUCUCUGCUGGAGUGUGAAACCCUAGAUUUUAAUGUGUCGGUAGAUUACCCAUUGGACUGGAAUGACCAUCAGAACUGGACAUGCUCCUUCACAGCAUGUAAAGCCACAGUCUACCUAAUAUUUGCACACAAACUUUUCAUUAGUGAUCUGAUUGAUGACUGGUCAACAAAGAGUGUUCCAGAUGUGUUCCAUUUUGUGCCAUAUACUUACAAUAUAAAUAUUCUUAUCAACCAGUUUGAACUAGUCACCCUGUGUAAUGAAUACAACUGGAUAGAUACUUCAUCUCAUAAUCCAGAAAAUGCCCAUAUAGCAUUUUGUGGAGAGAUGUUUGACCUAUCUCUGCAGCUACCAUACAUAGACUUCUUACCUUUGACUAACUCCAUUGGAUUUAUCUUUAAGGUUGAGACGGUGUUUUGUCGAAUAUAUUUACCAGAAAACAAUACAAGUCGUCAUGUGAUUAUUGCCUUGUCUGAGAACAUGAAGAUAGUGGAUAGGGACGGUAAUAUACAAGAAAAUCCUUUCUGCUAUGAUAUAAAGAAACAAUGGAGAAGAUUGACAGAACGAAGUGCUGGAUGGAUAGAUUGUUGGAUGACGUCGAAUGUUGCUCUCAGUAUUACAUACAAGUAUCACCCGAUGCCGCCACUGCUGAAGACAGACUCUCAUCAUAUUAUUCAACCAUCCAUGGAAGACCUGACGGGCAUCCCGGAAAGUCCAGCCAUGGAAGAGUUCAUUCCCUUGAGUUACAUGAGAUCGGAGUCGUUAAAGGUUCCGGAGAAUUUUGAUGCAGGGACGAUGGACUCGGACCUGAUCAGUGUAGAGCUUGAGGUGGCUCCCUCUGUACUCUGUGCCUACGGUUCCCUGCUCAGAAAUUUCUUACAUGUUAAGGAAAACUACCUUGGAGAGGAUCAGACCUACACGGAUUUCUAUGACUCCCCAGACACAGGGAUGGAGUCCAAGGAACCUGAAGGGGUUGAGGGGCCAUUGACUGAGAAGGAAGUGGUCGUGGAAGAGUUCGACCCAAGGAAGUACAGGCCAUUUUCAGUGACAGUGUCUGUUACAUUGCAUGAUAUUCAAGGUCAUCUAAUCAAGAAUUGUAAUUUAGAGAAUGUGCCAUGUCCUAGUGUGUACAUUGAGAGGGUGGGGUUUGAGCUAGACAAGAGGUACCAUGAGACCAAGUUACAAGUUCUCAUCUCACCAGCUAUACUUAUAGCCAGAGAUAGUUUUGAGAGAGAACAAGACCAAAACCAUCUGAAAGAAGGUCAUUUGGCAUUGUCCGGGUUACAGGUCAGAGGUCAUGCCAUGUUCUCGCACAAAGACUUGCCACUAGAUAGUGAGACAUUAGAGUAUGCAUGGUUAGUGGAAGCUGUGAUUGGUGACCUCUCUGGAAGGUUGACCUCACCACAGAUACAGAAUAUUGUAGAGUUUGUGCAGACGUUUAUCAUGCUAGUUGAAGACUCAGAGAAUAGUCUACAACGUGCAGUGUCCUAUCAGCUGUGUCAACACAUGGUUCCCCAACACCGGUGUAAGAAGCUUGCAGCCGGGUACCAUAUUCCAUGCCCGUCGUCAGAAGAUAUCAAAUAUAGAAUGACAAGAGCAUCCAUAGACUCUCUUAACGUGUAUCUUGUUGAAGCUGGGUCUGCCCUUAAUGUUCAGGUAUUCCCAGUAAGGUUAGCAACCUGCAAUCUUCAUGGUGAAAAUACAAGAGCAGGUAUAACUGGUUUAAUUGAACAUAUCUCACUGAAGCAGUAUAUAUCUACCGCACCCAUCAGGCAUGAUACCAGCCAACCAGAGAUCUGGAUUGAGUCAGGUGGUAUUUCACUUGGACCAAUCAAAGCAGAGGCAGCAAUGGCAUUACCCAAUCAGGAUUUUCAUACUCUUCAAAAUGAAUUUUUGUUGACUCAUGAUUCUGCCAGUAUGAGAUUAUGGUACUUAUGGCCAGAGGCUACCAUCAAAGUGCCAAGUGUUGUCAUAGGAAAGUGUGGCUGCAUAGGAGGCUGUUCAUUCUUUGGUAAGAAUAAAAAUGGGGUGGGAUUUUUCCAACCGAAAAAACAUCAUGAAGUCACUCCAAAUGCUGUGUGUAAAGUGACCCCUGAAGGUAAUGACCCGGGAUUUGGACAAAGUUUAUUGCACAAAAACAAAUUAAUUUUCGAAAUUGGAAGUACUACAGGAUGGGGGACUCCAAACAAGGAAUUUACUUUUACUAGAGGUUAUAUGAGUAAUUUAACGACACCUGACACUCCCGGUACAAGCAUUACUGUGAUAGAAGAAUACACUCCAAACAAAAACACUUUAAAACCAGGUAACAUGGCAGACAUUCCUGUAAGUCCAUCCCCUCAUCAGCUUUCUCGGAGUGCCACAGUUGAGACACAGUCAACAUCGAGUUUUACUGGUGAAACUGCCGGUGAUAAUAUCAGUAUUAAUCCAUUCGAUACUCUAAAAUCCACUGACUCGUCAGUAUUGAGAGGUGAAAGAAGCAUUCAAGAUGAUUUGAUUAGCAAGUCAGCACGUAGUAUUUCCCAAAGUUCUUCUUCUUCACCACCCCCAUUCAGUCCAACAUUGAGAUCAUCUGUGGCUCACAGUCCCUCGUCAAGGUCUUCCAUUCAAAGCCCUUCCGGACAUUCUUCCAUACACAGUACAAGUCCGACAUCCCUACGGUUACGACAAAGUUCGAGAUAUGACCCAACAAGGCAAAGGUCCAUUGUCUCGUUGGAUAGUGAAAUGUAUUUCUCUGCUGAAGAAGAAGCCUUGUCAUCAUCAGAUCCAAACUUUAACACUUUGAAACAACCUGUAUUUGACGGGGAGAGCGUCACAUGGACUCAAGAGGAAACAUCCCCGAAACUUGUCAUGAAUAAAAGUAUUGCGUCACAGGUAGAUACGACGGUUAUUGAACGGCCAGAUAGCUUGUCAUCUACAAACUCGACACUGUCAUACAUGUCUGCCGAUACAGAUCCAGAUGAGACUAUGUCUGGUGGCGUACCUGAAGAAUUCUCAAUGGUAGACCUUCACAGUCAAGUAAAAAAUGACAUAACAAAAUCGCCAGUGUUAUUGCCAUGUUACUCCAAUCACAUGACAAGAUUACAGUGUAACAACUGGGUAUCUCAGGCUCCGUUUCCAGGACGAUAUCACAGUGUACAGUCAGAGCAAUCACAGUUCUCGUUGUCAUCUGUCAGUCAAAAUGUUCAACUGGGACAGUCACAGAUACGGUUACCACAUUUUGUUAAGAUUAAGCAAGGUUUCAGUACUCGUAUAAUGAAGGAGAAAGAUUUACAGUUCACACCAGAGACGAAUGAGUUCAGUGAUUCCUGGGACAAUAUAGAGCAGCCUUUAUUGGAUACAGUAGAUGGCUCUGGAAUGGAUAAUGCUAGUCGAACAACAGCUACAGUAAAAUUAAGAGGUUCUAUUGAUGUCCUUCUUACACCAUUACUUCUAGAAUCAUUCCAAAGACUAUGUGAAGCAGUUACACCUACACUCACCAACUUACAUCCCUCGUCAAUACUCGACGGUCUACACUCUAGAUGUCUGGACCGAUUGAAAAGUCAGAAUCGAUUGAAGAAGGUGGAGACUUGUGCCGAUGCAGAGACACCAGAUUGCGAUUUAUCUCCAACUCAGAGACAGUUUAGUUCCGAAAGCCGGAACAGAGGGCCGGAGAUGAAGACAUCAAGUUAUCAAGCUUUAAUCAACGUACCUAGGAUUAACAUCUGCACUCUGCAAGCUGGUAUGGUGGAAGAAUUGAUCUCAUUCUCUGCAUUGGAUAACAUUCAUGAAAUUACAUGUGUCUCUCUAAUGGGCGUGUCCAUCGAAGAUGUACGAUGUCAGUUGCUUUCUAAUAGUCACUCGUGUAAAACAUCAAAUAGCGUGCUUCCUAACCUGUUAAAUUCUUCACCGGCUUCCAAUAGAGGAAAGUUAGAUAUGACAGAAACUGAGAAGGAAGACCUACCGGAGGUGCUCCGAGAGGAAGACGUUGGAACUGUUGAUAUCAAGGCGAUACAUUUUCAAUUACGAAGACUUUUGAAAGACAGUAAUUUCUCAGAUGGAAUUGUGUUAACAGCAAUACCUGAACAAAAAUCUAAAGUAAUGUUUACGUUUGAAAACGAUGCUACUAAAUUGUUUUCGCCUGUAUCGGCUAGAAGUGGAAGUCGUGUGAAGAGAAGUUCUUCUGCUCGUACGGAGAAGGAUAAAGAUAGCCGACGACCAUCACUGGCCAGACAUGUUAGUCAUGAUCCCCCAAGAAAUGCAGACGACAAAGUCAUGGAAACCAAUGAUAAUCCAUUUGAUGCUGCCCCAAAGCCAAAGCUUCUACGCCAGAGGAGUAUAAAUAAAGAAGCACCGGAAGAGGUUCCAUACAAGAAAUCAAGGGAUAAAGUUCAUCACAAGCAUAGUAUUGGUUAUAUUAUGUUUGAAUGCGGUUUAGAGGAUAUCCUUAUUACUGCUGUUAGGAGACUGGGUUACAAAGAUAAAAAUGCUCCAGAUAUUGUGUACCAGUCUGAUGAUUUAGAAGAGUCUGUAAAUGAAACUCAAAUGAAAACAAAAAGCGAGGUUGAAGGUUCAAGUUCCAGUAGAGAAAGUAAAAGCAAAGGUCAAGGAGAUAAAGCAAGUGGAUCGUCCACAAAAGGUCAAGGUCAUUCAACUCAAGGUCAGAAACAAGCAGGUCAAACUUCUAGUCCAGUGAGUCAAUCAAAGACUUCCACCCUGUCAAAUAAGGGAACUAUACAAGUCGGACUAGACCCAUUGGGAGUAGGUAAUGUCAAAAUGUACACAAGUUCAAACUCGGUCCAUUCCUGGGACUCGAGAAUCUCCAUUCCAUCGGACAGUGGAGAUCUUGCAGACACGUCUAUGUUAGAAGGGGAUGCAUCUAGUGGUGUUCUACAUCUCAAAACAAUCUGGUUUAAUUUUGCGGCUCCUCCACCUUUGCCUAUUAAGAGGAAAGCAGACUUUACAAAGUAUGACUGGAAUCUGUUGAGUACAGCAACACCUGCUAUAAAUGCAUGGCUGAGUCCCUUUGACAGGUUAAUGACUGCGGCACGAACGUUAGCGCAGGAGCUCACGCACAGGACUAACUCUGUGAUGGCCUGUAUCAUGACUGAGGGACUGGAAAUCCAGAGCAUCCACAUGCCAUAUAAGAGUAAAUAUUUAAGAAUUACGAAUUUUUCAAGAACUUUACAAGAAGAUGCCUCUUGUCAGUUGUUAACAGUCCUGCGACGUUAUAUUCACAAGGAGGGCACGUUCCUCGUAGAACAAGCUGUAAGCUCGGAAACUAUUCCACAACUUAUAACAAUCCAGAAAGGUAUCUUAGCUCUAACUAGGCAGUGGAAAAACGUACUUUACAUGCCUCAAAUCUCCCAGAUGAAUUUUAAGUCAAGAAAGCACCGGCCUUACACUGUGUCUUUUGCAGUACCAUCGUCGGAAAAUGAAUAUGAAGAAGAAGGGAAUGCAUACGAUGAUGAUGGAAAUGUUUCAGUGCAUCUCGAAGACGAAAAGUCGUCCCUGAUUGACGAGGAUGUCAUUGGGAAGAAGACUGGUUCCAAUUCCAAUUUAAGGAGCAAACAUAUUAGGUCUGUUUCCCAGUCAAGUUUAAGAGCCAGUCCACAGAGGUAUGGAGAUGCCUCCAAGGAACCAGCUUCUAAUUUAAACAUUUCCAGAACAUCCUCCUGGUCCGGCGUGCAACAUGCAAGGAAAGCCCCUCAGGGACGGAGGCUAUUUGAAUCACCUCAGCGAGAGACAAACCCGCAUAUGACAAGUUUGUUACGUAAUGACAGUGUGUACAGCUUCCAGUCAGCGAGUGCAGUUAGUGCGGACUAUCAUGGAGCACCCACUCCUCCUGCAACACCCUACAAGAGAGAUUUGUCCAAGAGUCACAUGUUGAAAUCUAAAGUGGAUGAUUUGUACCGUUGGAUGACUAUGCAGCAGAGUGGUGGGUUUACGUCACAUACAUUGGAGGAGGAGCCAGUCAGCUCAGUUAGGAGACAGGAUUCAUUUUUAGAAGCAUUUGGUAGAGGUCUUGGUGCAGAGGAAAGUCAUACUGAUGUAAACGCAGAACAUUUUACAUUAGGUACAUCUAUAAUGCAACUGGCCGAUGCACAGAAUUUAUUUAAACCUUUCCUUCAGAGUAUUGGAUUACAUGUAGAGAAUGUUCGCCCAACUGCCAUGUUGAAAAAUUUUGGCGGGAAUUUGUCUUUGCAAGGAAAACUAAACAUUUUAAAGAUCCAAAUAGCAGAUUCUGUAAGAACAAAGGGAAAGGGAAAAGGUAAAGGUAAAAAAAUAAAAAUUAACGACGGAGUUUUAGACUCGUCAGCAUUCCUUUGUGAAAUGUUUACAAUGAAAGUAUCUAUGAGAGACGUUACUGACUUUGAGAAAAGAGAUUCUGAAGAUGACGAUAGGUUUAAGAAAUUUCCAUUCAAGUUUGCGAUGCAUAAAUUAGAGGCAAAACCAGCAACGCUUCAAGUCAACCUUUUAGUUAACUGUCAGGCUGUGACACAGUAUGUUGAUAUGCCCUUGCUUAGACUGAUACACCAGUUUGUAACGAUGGUCGGGAACGUGAAUGAAACACGGAUAGAGUUAAAGCAAGGACACUCUUCAAUUGAUUGGAUAAGAACUCACAGAAAACAAGAUUCUAAAGGUUCGUCCUCCAGUGCCGAGACAGUCCACUCAGAAGCUUCAAGAACAGAACUAAGUAGAGGCAAAACAUUAGAUCCUAGUCCAUCUUCAUCAAGGACAAAUUUAGCAUCGGAAACCAGACAGUCUGACACUCUAAAGUCACACAGGAGUAAGCCAUCACUAUCUUCAUUUAAGUUUCCUUUUGAUACAAUAAGACCAGAGAGACUUAGCUUUCCUAGUUCACUGAAGAAGACAAAUGUUAAAUUUUCAAAGGACAAGAAAGGUCAUAAGUUAGAGACGAAGUCGCCCGGAACACAUUCUGAUAUCGUUACACCUCCUCAGUCGUUGAAUUUGAGCGAUUCUGUUCACGUUGAUUUAGGCGAUACGUCUUCGCCAGCGGUAAUGGAGAAGACAAUAGUGGACGAGAUUAAAGAGGAGACGCCACACUGUUGGAGAACAUUAUAUCAUCUGUUACAAUUGUACUCCACGAUGCCAGAAACUAAAAAAGUUGAUAGGAAAGCUACGGGACAGCCGUUACCUGUGAUUGAAGAAGAGCAGUCGGACAAGGCAAACAUGAGUACACCUUCGGGAAGCGUGAAAACAAGGAUUGAUCUAGCUGCUGAGGAAGAAGCUGGUCUAGGAACAGGAACAAGUAGUAGUGGAGAAUAUGAGAAUACACCAUUAGCCAGGUCUACAUUUAGUAGAACAAGGUUCAAACAAAGUAUAUACAUCGGGGAUAGUAUACCACUGGUAGUGUUUGGUAUAGCUAAGGUAGAGAAGGUGAAAAUCCUGGCAGUACUGAGUGGUUUAAAACUGGAAGCUGAAAUGAGGAAUGUACACGGUACAGGCACGAUUAAAGAAAAAGUAAAGGGUUUCCUCCAGAGGAAAUCUUCCGAGUCAUCUUUUACUGUACAUGUUGGCCAUACCAUGCUUGUACUACUGGAGGGUCCAAGCUUACAAACUGUGGUGACAGUGAAUGUUGGCAGAUCACAAGCAUUGCAUACCACUGUAAAAAGGAGGGGCAAGGGCCAUAACUCUGCCCUUGUUUCUAUAGGAGAAAUAGAAGUAGACAUCCCUCAGCAUCCAGUGGUUCUGCAUGGCAUGUUGACAAGGGGAACAACUCAAUUGUCAAGUACUUUACAGGAAUUCAGAAGACCAAUAUCAAGAGCAAGAACUGCUGAGAUGGAUUAUGGCACCAUAGACUCCAAAGGUUCAGGAGCUGAAACAUCCCGCCCUUCAACUCUGCCACGCCCACAGAGAAUUUUCGAAGCGAAAAAGUCAGUGACCUUGCAUAUUCACCUGAAAGCCAUUCUACAGGGAAUCACAAUAGGUGCAUCAUUAUUACCAUCACUCAGAGCUCAACAUAAGACUGGACCUAUAACAAUAAGUGGUAUCACUCUGAAGAAAGCCAAGUUUACGUUAGACUUACCACACCACACUCUCAGCUUUAAAUCCAAGUCUGAAAUGUUUGGAAAGGUGAAAACAAUGGAGACAUCAAUACCGUCAUCAGCUAGUAUAGAUCUACCACCUAUCCAUGUUUAUGCUGACUACAGACACUAUAGUGCUAAUGCACCAAUCACAGAAGACCUGACAGAGGGUCUUAUGCUAAAGGAAGGAAAUUAUUUGAAUGCUGUGGCAGAAGUUGGGAUGUUUGAGCACAGUUUAACAACUGAUCUAUUAAACCAUCUGGUCUUUGUACAGAAAGUCUUCAUGAAGGAAGUAAAUGAGCUAUUACAAAAGGUUUCCGGUGGGGACAGGCCGGUUCCAAUCUGGGCAGAUACCAACCAGUCCGUGAAACCUUCACCAAAAGAACAAAUUCUUUACUCUUUCCAUUUUAGACUGAAGGGAAUACAGAUAACCGCUACAACACCAACAGCAAGUGCUGUAAGGUUAGAGACGGAGGCAGUAGAUGUGGAGGUCUCUAAUAGAGUACAGAUGGCAUCACAAGAAGCUAACCCAAGUUUUACUAUGUAUGAGGACAAUCAGAAGGUGUUUAUCAAGGCUCAGAUAGAACUCAGUCUUUCACUCGGACAACUGAUCAAGAACCCCAUGUUUGAAGAAGCAGAUCCUGAGUUUCAAACAAUGGCAUUUUUCAAAACAAAAAUUUCUGUUAGAAAUGCUUUACAGGAUGAGAUGAUACCAGGAGUGUCUACAGACCAGGAGGCUCUACUUAUCAACCUGUCCAGACCUAUUGUCCUAGCACAACCACUCGCUUUUGAUAAAGCUGUACUGGUUUGGCUGAAUUAUAAGAAUGCCUACGAGUAUUGGACGGAGCAAAGACUUGCGCUGAACAAGGAGAUACAGAGUGCCACCCGCCAGGUGAUUGACCGCCUUCCUCAGAUCACACCAGCAACCCAGCAGGCGUUAAGCACACUGUUUCUACAGUUGACAGUGGAUGAUAUUGGUCUAUGUUUACCUGUGACACCUUUCAGCUCAUUUGUACCUGGUAAGAUUAUUGACCAAGAACCCGGUGUGGCAGUUGUUCUAACCAUAGAGAGUACACAGAUAUGUGCAUGCUCCUCUGGAUCACUAGUUAGCAAAGGAAAAUUCACAGGUUUCUGUCUGAGGAUAGCUGAAGAUUUUGAGACAAGUUUGGACGAUUGGAAGCCAAAUAGAGAUGAUUCUCCACAAGUCAUGAACGCAUGUGUAGUACCGGAGGGGACGUAUGAGGUGUGCUCACGUACAACAAACCCUCAGUCUUCAGAUCCAAGCAGCAAUGCCAAAUGGAUAUUAAACAUAAAAUGGGAAAUGCAGGGUAUUGAUGUUCAUUUGGACACCAAUCUAGGGAAGAGAUUAUCUGCCCUUGGAAAUACUCUCACUUCGUUGACGGGGGAGGAGGAAGAUGAAUAUCUGAUUGAUCCGAUGGAUGAGAGGCUUGAUGUGUCACUAGAGGACAUUGCAGAAUAUCCGCACCAGUUUGAGUAUGGGAGAAGAGCCAGUGUUGUACCAGAGACUCUGCCAAAGUUUGUGUUUGAUACAAGCUUAGAUCCAAAGAAAAGAGCCAGACUUCUGGAGAAAGAAAUGAAUGAACAGGCUAAAAUAGUACAAGAUCUAAAAGAGCUUGGAGCCAGUCAGACUACGAUUGAGAGUGAGACAAGAAAACUGGAGGAACUAAAGAGUAUCAUAUUCAAUGACUUCAGACGGGAAGUCCUCAGUCGAAUCAAGAAACAGGGUGAAAGGGCAUCAGUUAUCAAAGAUAAACUAGGAAUAGGCUCAAAUCCAGCCCAUAUAAGGUCCAGAUCAUACGGUGGGAGACCUGAUGAGAAACACAGGGAAAGUUGCCCACCAGACUUGUUAAAACCAGAUAAUCUACCAUUACGGUCUCUGUCAGAAACGUCACAUGUGCCUGAACAUUCUGGUGGCUCACGAGUGCAAUUUGGAGAGACAAUUUCAUCCACGUACACUCCACCAAUGACACCUGAAGGGACUCCCCAGCAUCGCCCUAGCAUUAUAGCUGUAAUGCCAAAGAGAUCAGUAAGUCUUGCAGUGCCGACACUAUGUCGAGAAUCGGCCUCCUCGUCCUCCUUAUCUGGGUCAUCGUCUAUGACAUCAUCAGAGACGUCAACCAGUGAAGAUGAUGUCAGAAAGGAAGUGUUUGAAGGAGACAGUUAUGAGACAAGUACAGUGGCUGGUAGCGAGCAGAGGAGUGCCUCCAACCCAAGUAUCGGCAGUGGUGGCUCCAAGACUGUUGUAGAACCAAAUGUAGAUUUUGAGCUUGAUGUUAAGGUGUUUAUUGACAGUGGAAAAUGUGUUCUGCAUCCAAAAGACAAAGAUGAUGAAAAUAAAAGAAAUAAAAGGGAGAAAACUCCAGUGAGUGGAAUAGAUAAAUUCAGGAAACAGGAGUCUGUGUCUUCAAUACCAAGUAGCAAGAAAAACCAAGCUCCACAGCUGCCUACAAUAGAGAAAACUGUGUUCUUCCUUCCUGGGGUUGAUGUGAAGGUGCACUAUAACUCCAAGACAGAUCAUUGGAGCUCUCCGGCAAGCACGUUAUCAGCAGAGCUAGGUCCCGAUGUGCUAGACAACUCCAGUAAGCUUGAUGACUCAGUAGGAAGUACAUACAGGUUACGGCAAGGGGUCAAGAAGGCGAACUUGUAUGCCUGGUUUUCUUUACAAUCUUUACCUGAGGAGAUGAUUAUCAGCCCGUGUUUACUGGAUUAUUUAGAACAGGCUUUAGAACCUAUACCUAUAUCUUUAACAUCACAAAUCAGCAAAAAAGAAUCGCCGAUAGCCCUUGACAGCUUGAUGAAUACAGAUAUGAAUUCUUCAUAUACCUCAUUGGGUGGUCCGGUCUUCAUGGGGUCAUUUCCUGUAGAUGUUAUAGUAUUUCUGCGUGUUGAACCAUCGAUUAUACGUUUUAACUGCCUGCCAGAGUCCAGAGUAGAAUGCCUGCUUCAGGUUCCAUCACUAGAGUUUGUUUUCUCUACAAAGAGAUUGGACAUAGAAACAGGUGGUGCAGGAAACGAUGGAACCCCACCACUUAAAGCUAAAUUUGGGAAGAAAAUGCGGGAACGUAACUUAAGUGGAGGAAAAGAGGGUAAGGCAAGAUCUGCGAGUACAACCUCUGAUCUCGGUACCAUGACAUCCUCUGGUGGUCUCAGUGUUACAGGAUGUCUCACAGAUUUCUCACUCUACAUUUUUCACCCCUAUGGUGGUGGUCAAAGAAAAAUGGGCAUUCAAACAUCACCUAGAAUCUUAGGUAGUAUAGAAGAACAAACUAUAUUGGGAGAUAUUAAUAGGAAAGAUUCUCUCAGUCUAAAUCUUGAAUAUGUGAAUCUAAACAUAUCUAGGACUAGGAAACUUGAAGUUAGAAUGGACACGUCUUCUGAGAAAUUCAACAUCGUCAGAUUCUCAACUGUAUGUGAUAUAGGGACAGCUGCCUUUAAAUAUGACAUGAGAAGACUUUCAGAAAUUCUGUCUUUCCCGAAAGCCUGGUAUAGACGUAACUUAGCACGCAGACUAUUCCUAGGUGAUGAAAGCUGGUUUAUGGAAGACGAAGAUAGUUCAAGCUUGUCGUCUACCUCCUCAUUUCCGGGGCGCAUGGAGUCACUCCUCAGCCCCCAAUUUACAAGAAUACCCUGCACUUCCUCCCCCACCCUGCAUGCACACUCAUUAAGUGACCUUGAACUUAUUCAAGGUCAUCAGCGCAGUGGUUCAUCCGGAGAUAAAAACACUACUCAGAUAAGUGCAGAGUUGAAAAGAGAACUAGCUCAUAGGAUAUCCGAGAAAAGAGGAAUGUCAGCCCCUCAGUCUCCCAUUGAUGCAUACCACAGUCCCGACUUUCACCACACAACACCAGGUGCAACACCAAGUAGCUCCCAGACCAGGAUGAAAAACCAGGCCAUGACGAAUCGUCGUAAUAGCCAACAACAGAACAUAACACCCCAGAUAUCCAGGAUGGCGAGUGAACGAAAGAGUGCAGGGUGGCAGACGCUCGUUAUGUAUGCCGUCAACCUGAAACAACUGGAUGUGAAUGUGAACAUGAGUAAUGUGAUGGGAAAUACUGUAUGGAAUACCAAAGAUAUUCAGAGUCAAGGGAGAUUAUCUAUAGAUAGUACAGGACACAAAGAUCUCAGUAUCUCAGCUGGUCUCGGAGGGUCGCACCUUGACAGCAGAGGUGGUGUAAUAGGUGGUAACGUGGAUCUACAAGGCAUCUCCACUUACUUUGAAUGUAAUGAAGACCCAAAGCUGGAUAAAGAUCCAUUACAUGAAGCAGGUGUUUCCAUGUAUGCUAUUGAAGGUAGAGUUGAUUAUAUGGGAUCAAGCGUCUUGAUGACACGGCUCAGUAACAUGAGUCUGAGUGUCAGAGAUGAAUGGAAAAUUGAUAAAACACAGGAAAAGACGGAUGCCCCACUUGCGACAACGAGGACUGCCUUGUUGUUUGCUCAUGGUGAUCUGAAGUGGGAUAAAUUCCAUAUUUUGAUCUCGCGCUCCACAACACCAGAUCUUAUUAAAAUGAUAUCAAAACUAGAUGAGUUUAUAAUGCAACAGUUCACGAGCAGUAAACGCGCGUUAGGGGCCAUCGGGCCGAUGUCAGGUAGCGGGAGACUAAAAGCUCAUGACAAACAUAGAUCAGCAGAUGAAGAAUCUU